AUCAGUUCUGUAACAUAGCUGUAUGUUUAGUUUUGUGGUGUUGCUGCUCAGGAACUUAUACCAUUCUCCAUGAGAGUGAAAAGUGAUUACUCGACUGCGUGCCUUUUGCCCAGAGAAAAAAUGCAGAGAGCCAUCAUGUCUUCCACUUCAGCGACAACAAGGAUCUUGAUCAAAGGUGGCAAGGUGGUGAACGAUGAUGUCACUCAGGAGGCAGACGUUUUCAUAGAGAACGGCGUCAUCCAACAGGUCGGGGAGGGCCUGAUGAUCCCAGGGGGAGCCAAGGUGAUCGAUGCGUCAGGGAAACUGGUCAUCCCUGGUGGGAUCGAUACCAGCGUGCACCUGCAUCAGAGUUUCAUGAACGCCACCACCGCGGACGACUACUACAGCGGCACUAAGGCGGCCCUGGCAGGAGGUACUACCAUGGUCAUAGGGCAUGUGUUACCAGAGAAGAACGAGUCUCUGCUGGAGGCCUAUGAGAAGACUCGCUCCCUGGCUGACAGUAAAGCCUGCUGUGAUUAUGCCCUGCAUAUGGGGGUCACCUGGUGGGGGCCCAAGGUACGCGCUGAGAUGGAGAGCCUGGUGAGAGACAAAGGGAUCAACUCAUUCCAGAUGUUCAUGGCCUAUAAGGACUUGUUCAUGCUGAGGGACUCUGAGCUGUUCCAGGCGCUGCAGAACUGCAAAGACAUCGGGGCUGUGGCCCGUGUCCACGCUGAGAAUGGAGAACUGGUGGCAGAGGGUGCCAAAGAGGCAUUGGACUUAGGCAUCAGCGGCCCAGAGGGCAUUGAGAUCAGCAGACCAGAAGAGCUGGAAGCAGAGGCCACUCAUCGGGCUAUCACCAUUGCCAAUAGAGCCCACUGUCCUAUCUACCUGGUCAACGUGUCCAGCAUGUCGGCAGGAGAUGUGCUAGCUACAGCCAAAAUGCAGGGUAAGGUGGUGCAGGGCGAGACCACCACGGCGCACGCGGUCCUCAACGGUCUGCAGUAUUACCACCAGGACUGGGCCCACGCUGCGGCUUACGUCACAGUGCCCCCUCUACGCUUGGACCCCAACACCCCCAACUACCUGAUGAGCCUGCUGGGGAAUGACACCUUAAAUGUAGUCGUGUCUGAUCAUCGUCCCUUCACCACGAAACAGAGGGCAAUGGGCAAGGACGACUUCACAAAGAUCCCCCACGGAGUCCCGGGCAUCCAGGACCGCAUGAGUGUCAUCUGGGAGCGAGGAGUGGUCGGAGGCAAAAUGGACGAGAACCGCUUUGUUGCAGUGACCAGCUCCAACGCGGCUAAGAUCUACAACCUGUACCCGAGGAAGGGGAGGAUCAUCCCGGGUGCAGACGCUGACCUUGUGGUCUGGGACCCAGAAGGGACCAAGACGAUCUCCGUGGAUACCCAGGUACAGGGCGGAGACUACAACCUGUAUGAGGGUCUCCGUUGCCAUGGGGUACCCCUGGUUACCAUCAGCCGUGGUCGUUUGGUGUAUGAAAAUGGAGUGUUUACAUGUUCCGAAGGUUCCGGGAAGUUCUAUCCUCUCAGAACCUUCCCUGAUUACCUCUACAAGAAGAUGGUACAGAGGGAGAAGUGCCAGGCCUUAAAGGCUGUGGAGCGUGAGCCCUACGAAGGAGACAUAGCAGUGAUGCAUUCUGGGAAAAAGGACAAUGGUCCAAGUGACGGGGACACUCCAACACGGCCGAACACCCGACAUGGAGGACAAAGAGAUCUACAUGAAUCCAGCUUCAGUCUCUCUGGUGCCCAGGUGGAUGACAAAAUCCCAAAGAGAUCCUCCGCAAGGAUUCUGGCACCACCAGGUGGUCGAUCAAGUGGCAUCUGGUAACUGUGGGGAAGACUAGUGAUUUCUGGAACAGUCACCGAACUUCUCAUUCCUGAAGGGAAGUUCAAAGCCAACCAAGACAACUGCUUGUUCCGUUCACCCAGAAAACAUAGACAGGAAAGAAAACCUCACAUUUUAUUUGAGAAACCGACACACAAAUUUAGUGUAUAUAUGAUGACAGGGUCUGAGUAACAUUUACAUUUAGUGACAUUGAUGUCAUUUUUAAAUGUCUGGUAAUAUGCCUGUAUGGUCGAAACUUGAACAAUAUUAGGCAUUACUUAAGUUAAGCAUUUAACAAUAAAAAAAAAAAGUGUUGACUAAAUUUGCACAGUGGCUACCAAGUUGCUAGUUUACUGUUUUGGAUAAAUGGAUGUAUGUUAGGAAAAGUGCUGUAUGUCAUUAUACACUAAUAGUCUUAGGAUGGGGGUGUUGAAAUAAUGAUUGGUUUACCUCACUGUUUAACUACAAUAUUGCACUUGUAUCAUGUACUACUCAGCUGCCUUUUCCUUACAUGAUUUUAUGUGUGACAAAACAACUUUUUCUACUGAUAGUGAACAGUCAUUAAUUCAUGUGAUUAGUUAUUUACUACACAGUAUCUUCAUGCACUUAACAUGAAAUAAGGUGGAUAUCUUGUGAUUUGGGGCUGAAUCACCUAUUUUCUGUUAGGUUUUCCUCUACAUUUUGUAUUCGUCUGACUGUUUUUGAUGAAAACUCAAGUCAAACUCAAGCUGGUACUUUAAAUGUGAUUUAUUGUUUGUUAAACAUGUUAUGUUACAAUGUUAUUCAAAAAGAUGUAAUUCCAUUUUAGAGCACUGUCAAAAGUAGAAUCAUGAGUCAUGAAUACCUAAAUGCGUAGGCUACGUAAUUGCUGAGUUUAUAUCUAUAUUCCUGUUUCCAUUUUAGUGUAGUGUAACUAUCUUUCUUCCUGCUCAUCUCAUCUCCCAUCAAUGUGAAUAGACUAAUGCUGUGUUUACUGUUUGUAUGUUGUGGUAUAGAACCUUUAUAUCUGAAGCACUGAUAUUACUAAUAUUUAGCAGCAUUCCUUGUUCAUGUGGCGAUAUGAUAUUACUUUACUUUUCUCGGUUAGCAACGAGCUAGCUCUACUCUGAAAUGCCUUGUUCUCACCAGAGAAGUCUCACAUUUACCAUAUCAACAGCCACUGGGGAUCAUAAUCUUAACGCUUGCAUUAUGUUGAUUCCUCAUAGGAUAUUGAAGCUAACUACUGAGCACAUACCACUUUUUUUUCAUUUUCCUUUUUUUGUUACAACAAUGAUGAAUUCUGGUAUUUACAUCUGGCACUGAAACAUUUUUGACAGGUUUUCAUACCUUUUGGGUUUCCCAGAUUGGAAUUUUAGAUUUAAAGUAGGGCUCUAUAUUGAUAAAUGACACACUGUUGGAUAAGAUAUAUGUUCUAUAAUUUGACUGAAUCUUGGGUAUCAUAAUGAAAAUGUCAGUGUUUUUAUGUCCUAAUGUCAUUCAGUGCACUGCCAUUAUAUUACUGGAUAGUAGGCUUAUUCAAGAGUGUAUAAAAAUGCACUGAUGAUUUUUCUGUUUCAAAAUGUCCAUUGUAAGCUACAGAGAACGUAUAAAUGGAUUUUUAUUUGUUAAGAGUAUACUUUGAAUAUUUUUUUUGUUAUACCAUAGUUCGAACCACACAAUACUAAACUGCAAUGUAAGAGGUCCUUACUGGUGCUGAAUAGCCUACUGUGUUUUCACUGAGGUUUGGUUUUAUCCUAUGUUCUUGCAGCUCUUUAUCACAUGAUUGAGUGCAAAUAAACCACACUGAAAUGUCA